AUGCACCACUCCACCAACGGCAUUCAUCGUUUGUCACCACGAAAAGUUACUGAUCCUGAUCUCGUUGCUGUUCGUGACAAGCUUGUUGACGCCCUCGCCCUCAAGGCGUCCGCUCUUGUGACGCCGCCAGCCACCAACUUGUCUCCUCCAUCUUCGCACGCUGGUCCGCCCGGCACGGUCCAGCGGCCCUCCUCUCGAUCUCGACAUCGCCGUUCAAAACGUCCUUCUUCUUCAUCACCUCGUUUAGUCGUCGGCCCUGACGCAAUUCAUCGUCUACCAUCUGAGCUGGCUCGAUUACACUUGACUUCACCGCUCAUUGUGUCGAGCCCUUCAAGAUCAAAUAUCGCUCGCAAAAUUCAAGCCAUUAUUCCUAAUCUCGACAGUCGAAUUCUCUGCUCAUCUAAUACCACCGUGCCAGCCCAGGCAUCUGGACGAGACUGCGUUGUCAGUGUCGGCGGAGGUUCUGCUGUCACUUUGGCCCGAGCCGUUGGCAUACGGAAAGGAAUCCCUCACAUUUGCAUACCUACGACAUACAGUGCAAGUGAACUACAUCCAGGCGGACGACCUAGCGACUCAUCUUCCGAAGAGAAGGGCAGCGGCCACGACACCAGGAUACUUCCCACCGUUAUCAUUUACGACGACAACCUCACUAUGAGCUCUCCAACUCGAUUUUCAGCGCCCAGCGAUGAGAAAGUCAUGGAGGACUUUGCUCGAGCCGACACGCAGCCCAAAUCAGAAGACGCCUGCUGGAGCUAUCUUCAUAUUCCAGGCGUCUGA